AUGACCCAAUCGUCCUUUCCUUUUUUAUUUUCCUCAACUUCUUCUUAUCAUCGUUUGGUCACUUUAAUAACAAUAUUACUUUUAAAUCCGUUGCCCAUUAUAUAUGGUGCACCAACAAAAAAAUCUGGUAAUGAUUUAACAUCCAAUGUACAACGACACAAACGACAAAUUAUUUCCAAUAAUGAUGAUGAAGGCAUAGAUAAUCUUAUUUCAAAUGAAUAUUUAACUUUAUCUGAACCAGAAAUUGUUUUCGAUGGAUUAUUAGGUUGCAAAUACGAUUCAAAUGUAUGUAAUCAAAAUGAAGAUUGUUUCGAUGAUGGUUUAUUUGGACAAUGUUGGGAUGGUGAAGGAUCAAUACGUUCAGCAUUUGCAUUAAAAUCUGGUGUUGAUGAACUUACUGAUGAUAAAUUAAUUGCACUUGAAAAUACAUUAGAUUUCUUAAAUCGUUAUCAUCUGAUUUGGCGAGAUUUUAUGACACAAUGUAUUCUAUCCCAUAUAUUAGCUGAUACACACCAAAUAAAUCAAAAUCGUUUGGAAAUAUUCUAUAAUGAUUGUUUAAAUAAAGAUGAAAAAUUAGAUGAAUUAGCAGGUGUUGUUCAAGAAGAUAAUAUCGUACGUCGUCAAUUAGAAUCGUUAAAUGAAAAUAAAAAUUUUUUUCAUAAAGAUCCAUACAUUCCAUCAACAAGAGCGGGUAAUAUUCUAAUUGAUAUUGAAAAUUCAUAUGGAAUUCCAUUAGUCAUGGAAUACGAUCAACCAGAUGAAUUAGAUAUUGAACAAGAUCGUAUGUCAGCCAUAAAUGCUGCACUUGCAAAAACAAUAGCUGAAGCAGACGAAGUCGAAGCUGAAUUGAAACUAGCAAAUAAAUUUAAUACCGAUUAUAUGGAUGAUGAUGAAAUCGUAUUUGGAGAUGAACCAGUACAAUUAGUAGCAGAAGAAUCAACAAUGAAAGAACCAACAAAAGUAUCGGUACGUAUAAACGAAGGUCAUCCAAGUUUAUUAGAAACAUUACAAAUUAAUAAUAACAAACAAUCAUUUCCAUUAUUAACUGAAGGAGCAAUGGCACAUAAAGAUGCACCAAAUAAUAAUAAAAUGAUAAAUAAUACAGAUGCUCAACGUUAUUUUACAGUGGAAACAGCUCGAGGUUAUAUCAUCAUCAAUCGAGAUUUUAAAGAUCAAAUCGAAGGAGCUCGUUUAUUAUCACUUUUAGCACAAAUUAAUUCUUGGCCACCAGCUAUUUUUACUGAACUUAAUGCUGAUCGUCAAAUAUUAACAUUUCACGUUUUGAAUAAUGCCUAUCAAAUAAAUGCAAGCAGUGUUGCAAGUGCAGCUUUGAACAAUCAAAAAAGUAUUGCAAGUCAAUUGGGCAUUCAUGUAACUGAUUCUGGCAUUGGCAAUCCCAGACGAGGCAGUCAAUUAUCAGUCGAACGACAAAAUAAUUCACGCUUAACAAUUGUUACAUUAAUUACUUGUGCUUUGGUACUUUUUACUAUGGCAGCAUUUAUUUUACUUUAUUUUAUUAAACGUAAUGAUCGUAUUCGAAAUAAACUUGCUGAAAUAACACAUAUUAAAGGUUUAUCAACAAAUUAUUAUCAAGAUCUAUGUCGACAACGAAUGCAAGUACAUCCAACAAGUAGUAAAUCACCUGAGAUUCAUAAAACAUCACCAUCAAGUGCAGCACCAACAACAGCAGCAUCUGGCAGUCAUGUAAAACACAAUAGUGAAGGUUCAUCAACUCGAAGUUCAACAUCAUCAUGGAGUGAAGAACCAGUAGCUCCGGUUAAUAUGGAUAUCAUGACUGGUCAUCUUAUUCUAUCAUAUAUGGAAGACCAUCUACGUAAUCGACAUCGUUUAGAAGCAGAAUGGCAAGCAUUAUGUACAGAUGAAGCAAAUGAAGAACGAGCAUCAUGUUCUAUUGCACUUUCAGAAGCUAAUGCCAAUAAAAACCGAUAUAUUGAUUGCAUACCAUAUGAUAAUGCCCGUGUUCAACUUGCAAACAACGGAAAUGAUGAUUAUAUUAAUGCAAGUAUAAUCACUGAUUCUGAUCCAAAAUGCAAAUACAUUGCUACACAAGGUCCAAUGCCAAAUACAACAAAUGCAUUUUGGCAAAUGGUUUGGGAACAAGGAUCGUGUGUUAUUGUAGCAUUGACUCGACCUAUUGAAAAUGGUAUAACUAUGUCUCAUCAUUAUUGGCCAGUUGAAGGUUCAGCACGAUUUAACGAUUUUGAAGUCAAUCUUGUUUCGGAACAUAUUUGGUCGGAUGAUUAUUUAGUUCGAAGUUUUUAUUUAAAAAAUGUUCAAACAAUGGAAACACGCACUGUAACACAAUUUCACUUUUUAACAUGGGGUGAAUUAAAUAAUCCACCAUCAGCAAAAGCUCUAUUAGAUUUUCGACGAAAAGUAAACAAAUGCUUUCGUGGUCGAUCAUCACCAAUUAUUGUUCAUUGCAAUGAUGGUGUUGGACGUACUGGUACUUUUAUUCUCUUAGACAUUGUCUUAAAUCGUAUCUGCAAAGGAGCACGAGAAAUAAAUAUUGCUGCAACACUUGAACAUAUUCGCGAUCAACGAGCUAAGAUGGUCAAAACAAAAGAUCAAUUUGAAUUUGUAUUUGUUGCUGUUGCAGAAGAAGUGACCUAUUUAUUAAAAGCCUUACCACAAUAA